AUGGAGCAAGAAGAACUCCAAUUCCUAGGCCUCUUCGGCAUCUACAAAAAAACCUUCACACUCAUCUUCAAGCUAAGAAAAACCUUCACCCAACUCACCUUAACCCUCAUCCUCCCCCUCUCCUUCAUCUACCUUGCUCAAGAGCGGGUCUCCGAAAUCCUCUUCUGGAAGAUCCGCUUCAACGAGUUCCUCCUCCACGAGGCCUCUCCCGGGACCCUCAAGCACGACAGGCUCUCGAAGCUCGUCACAAAGGAAUGGGCUGAGUACAUCCUCCUCAAGCUUGCCUACUUCGCCCUCAUCCUCGUCUUCUCCCUCCUCUCCACCUCCGCCGUCGUCUACACCGUCGACGCCACCUUCCGGACCGUCAUGCGCGUCGUACCUCGGGUAUGGAAGAGGCUCAUGAUUAAGUAG